UGAAGUCUUUUUUUUGUCUUGCUGCCAAAGAAAAGUUGCCAGAACUCCGAUCGACAAUGUCAGGCAUGGAGAGGUUGCAGAGGAUGUUCGCCGGUGCUGGAGGCGCGUUGGGUCACCCCCCUCCUGAUUCGCCGACUCUGGAUUCUUCUGAGCAGGUCUACAUCUCCUCUCUCGCCCUCCUCAAAAUGCUCAAGCACGGAAGAGCUGGGGUUCCCAUGGAAGUUAUGGGUUUGAUGUUGGGAGAGUUCGUUGAUGAGUACACUGUGCGAGUCGUUGAUGUCUUUGCAAUGCCACAGAGUGGUACUGGUGUUAGUGUAGAAGCUGUGGAUCAUGUUUUCCAAACAAAUAUGCUUGAUAUGCUCAAACAAACGGGAAGGCCAGAGAUGGUGGUGGGGUGGUACCAUUCACACCCUGGAUUUGGCUGUUGGCUUUCUGGUGUGGACAUAAACACACAGCAGAGUUUUGAAGCUUUGAAUCAAAGGGCUGUAGCAGUUGUGGUGGACCCAAUUCAGAGUGUUAAAGGGAAGGUGGUGAUUGAUGCAUUCCGUUUGAUCAACCCACAAACCAUGAUGCUUGGCCAAGAACCACGGCAGACAACAUCCAAUCUUGGGCAUCUUAAUAAGCCAUCUAUCCAAGCAUUGAUCCAUGGGCUAAAUAGACAUUAUUACUCUAUAGCCAUUAACUACAGGAAGAAUGAACUUGAGGAAAAGAUGCUCUUGAAUCUUCAUAAGAAGAAGUGGACAGAUGGAUUGACACUUAGGCGUUUUGAUACCCAUUCCAAAACCAAUGAACAGACUGUUCAGGAAAUGCUCAAUUUAGCUAUAAAAUACAACAAGGCAGUGCAGGAGGAAGAUGAAUUACCUCCGGAGAAGCUCGCAAUAGCCAAUGUUGGGCGACAAGAUGCCAAGAAGCACUUAGAGGAACAUGUCUCAAACUUGAUGUCCUCAAACAUAGUUCAGACUUUGGGAACUAUGCUUGACACUGUCGUGUUUUAGACUCAUGGUAUCUGUAUACUCCUUUUCAAGUUGAGGAAUUUCAUCUAUGUUGAUGCGUUGUAUUGUUGGUCAAGCACACUGUUUGUGUUAUUUUGUGAAAAUUCAAAGUGACUUCAAGUUGCCUAAUUAUAUUUAUGUGAAUGCUUGCUUGACUCUCUCUUUGUGUUA